CAGCAAGUGCCUUUUACUUGAGCAGAAGAGGGAGAAGGCAGAGAAGCUGCCUGCGAGAGAGCUUGUCCCGGGAGUGAGUGUAUGUGUGUGUGUGUGUGUGCGCGUGUGUGUGCUGGACGCGCCAGAGAAGCGUCUCUCUCUCUCUCUCUCUCUCUCUCUCUGUGUGAGGGGCUGAGGUGGGCUGGGGGGAGCAACACGGCGCUGUCGGUUGUUGGCGGAGACGUGGGGAACCCACCGGCGCUGCUGAUGCUGGAGACAGAAGACGGCACGGCAGGCAGGUUCUGGAGCUCACGGCGGGGACGCGCUGUGAGACGCACGCUGCAUUUCAAAGAUUCACCACGGCUCUUCCUCCUCUGAGAGGCACAAACUUGCACUGACGCAAAAUGUUCCAUUUCCUCGUCCGUGGGUGUUGGAUGGUGAAGAGGAAAACUUCGGGAGACCAAAUGCUCUUUUAAGCAGGAGUUGCUGCAGAGAUUCUUCCACUGAGAAUAACUUUAUUCUUUUUGGGGAGUUGGAGGAUUAAAACCUUCUCUCUCACCAGAACACAAAAUAACCUCUGUUCUUAGGAACUGAGGGAAUUCAGAUGCCACCGCCUGAUUCGGUCUGAGCCAUGGGCUUUGUGAUCUCCCAGUGCAGUCUCAUGGAUGGUCGCUCGCUGCCAGUCAUUAGGAUAAAGUACGAAGAGGGACACAAGUGAGUAUUCAGCUGGAUUUUUAUCUCUGCAGGCUUAAGCUUGUACGAAAACCAGGGUGACUGAGGCGAAUCUGGAAUCUGGAGUUCUUUUCUAACAACAGAAAAGGCAUUUCGUUGAUUAAACUGCUGUGUUGUGUUUGAUUAAUGCUUGUCACGGUGUUAAAAAGGUAGACAUAUAUUGAGAUGAUUUAAUUUGUACAAUAACAAAGCUGUGUGUUUGCAGACCAUUUGUCAAUGGACAUAAUUUCCUAAAUGAGUGGUACCGUCUACCCGGCAGGUGGCUCGGGCACGAGCACAGAUUGAUUGAAGUGAUCCGUGUGAAUCCUAUUAAUACAUCCUGGACUCCGGCCAAGGCUGAAGCAAUGGAGGGGAACACUGCUGUCUAGCAGCGCUAUCUGAUCUGCCCCCUCGCUGGACAAACUGAGCCCCCCCCCCCCCCCCUGCUGCACUCCCUUCUUCAACAACACCUCUCCUCCUCCUGCUCCUCCUCUUUUAACCCAGGCAAGGAUGGUGCCUCCACCCCCCACCAACAAGCCCCACGUGUGCCUCUCCACCAUCCUGAUCAUGAGCAGCAUGGCGCUGAUCGAUGCCUACCUGGUGGAGCAGAACCACGGGCCGCGCAAGAUCGGCAUCUGCAUCAUGGUGAUGGUGGGAGACAUCUGCUUCCUGAUCGUCCUGCGUUACGUGGCAGUUUGGGUGGGUGCGGAGGUGCGCACGGCCAAGCGGGGCUACGCCAUGAUCCUCUGGUUCCUGUAUAUCUUCGUGCUGGAGAUCAAGGUGUACUUUGUGUAUCAAAACUACAAGGCGGACAGGAAGAGCCUCGACGCCCUGGCCAGGAAGGCUUUGACGUUGCUGCUGUCCGUUUGCAUCCCGGUGCUGUUUGUGGUGCUGGUUGCCAUCGACCACAUGGAGUACGUCCGCGCCUUCAAGAAGCGCGAGGAGAUCCGCAACCGCCUAUUCUGGGUGGUGGUGGACUUGCUGGACAUCCUGGACAUCCAGGCCAACCUGUGGGAACCUCAGAAGAAGGGUCUUCCCCUGUGGGCGGAGGGCCUGAUGUUCUUCUACUGCUACAUCCUGCUGCUCGUGCUGCCCUGCGUGUCCCUGAGCGAGAUCAGCAUGCAGGGCAUCAACAUCGUUCCCCACAAGAUGCUCCUGUACCCCAUCCUCAGCCUGGUGACCAUCAACAUCAUCACUCUGUUCAUCCGGGGGGGCAACAUGAUUCUGUACCGGGACGCCAGGGUAUCCGGGAUCUUGAUAGGCAAGAACAUCCUGGCCAUCAUCCUAAAGACCUGCAGCUUCGUGCAGUACAGGAGACAGUUGCAGAACGCCUCUCCUGCCUUCGGGGUGGAGCUGCAAAAGAACUCGGUGGCCCACGCUCGCCCCGCGACCGCCAUUCCUCAGGUGGUAAUGCAGGACCAGAUGCCCCUCCCCGAGGUGACAACAUGUGAACACACAUGACAGAAGGGGGGGGCGGAUCCUGGAGAUGUCUAUGAGAACAUAUACGACCCUCAGGAGGCCGGCAGGGCACAACGCGUCACCCCCUUCAGGCCCUGCGGACACAACCGCGAUCUCUGCUGAUGCUUGGCGGCUCUCGGAGUAUAAAGUCGCGCCGAAACCCAAAGCGCUCAGAGCGCUAAACACUUGUGACUAUGUUAAAGCAUUUCCUUUGACAUAUUUAGUUAUCUGUGUAUUUUUUCUAAUUGUAAAAGAAAAAAUAAAGGGCAAUCACUGCAGGAUUAGAGAAUAUAUUUUUGAAUUGUGUGUGUUGCAUUCUAAUCUUAAACUUAUCGGUCUGUGUGCUGUGGUGUGUACUUCUGUUGCUUGGAUGUUCAUGGAUGUUCUUGGAUGACUUAAAGUGUCAAAGUCAGGUGGAGCAGCCAAUGGGAGAAUCAAAGUUGUAAAAAUAACAGUUAAAGCUUGCUCCUGAAAGAAGUGUGUUUUUAUAUGUGGCUCUUUGAUAAAGUAUUGUGUACAAGAUAAAAAGGCUGUUCUGCUUUUUCA